AUGAUCGUCUUCAUCAAGAUCGGCUUGGAGGACGGUAUUACCGUAGCUUUUUUCGCCCUGGCCAUCUCUGAUUUGCUGUUUGUAGGGAUUUAUUUCGUGAUCUGUGCCUUAGCCCUGUUGCAUAACGUGCUCAAGCUGAGGGGGUACGUUCGUUUCAAUUCUCUUGGGUUCCUGCUCAUCUGGUACAGCUCUGCCUUCUUCGAUGCCUCAAUGCUCAUCACCGUUUUCCUUGCAGUACAGAAGUGUGCAUGCGUAGCUAUCCCCUUGUUGUUCAAAAACGUCUUCACGAGAUCCCGGUGCGUCGUUGUGGUAGUGGUCAUUUACGUGGGAACCUUCACUUGGUACAUGCCUCUGCUCAGCCAACAGGGAAUGAAAGAAAGGUUCGACCGACGGACAAACACGACCGCCUUGAUGUAUAAAGCACCACCUCACUUUUUGCUCAUGUUGCAAUUAUUCAAAUCUGUUAGCCGCACCGUGUUACCUGGAAUUUGUCUUUCUCUCAUUAUCAUUUCCGUCAUUGUCCUCACCAUCAAACUCAAACAAGCUAGCAAGUUCCGACAGGCAUCGGCCUCCCAUGGCAACAAAGACAACAACAAAAACUCGGACUCAUCUUCCAUGAAACAAAACCCCAGCUCUAGCAAAGAGCUUCGGGUCAUCAAGGCCGUGACCUUGGUUUCGACUAUCUUUGUCGUCUGCUAUAUUCCAGACAUCGUUGUCUCAUUUUGCCAGAUCUUUUUUCCAGAAUUAUCCGACAGAGGACGAUACCGAAACAUGAGGAAGCUUGUGGAUGAAAUACACAGCGUCAUGACCACAGUCAACUCGUCCGUAAACAUCUUCGUGUAUUUCACUUUUAACACUCGCUAUAGGGAGAAGCUGGUCCGUCUGUUUUCCCAGUUCCGUAGAUCUAGGAGCGGAUAG